AUAAUUCGGUCUUCCGUAGAAAGAAAAGGGCGUUUUUGACGGUGAUGGCAUUUUUGGAAACUGAUACACUUGGACAGGAAAGAUUCUCCCUCCUCCUGCUGGAACCUGGAGAGAUCUACUUUGAGGACUUCAGUGUGUUUUAUUACCCAGCAGGAUUAUCAGAACAAGAUGCUAUCAGAAGGAAACAAAGGGGACAUCUCAAGAUGUGCUCCAAGUCCAUUGUUUUCGUCCCGAAGGACAUACAGUUCCCUAUUAUCAAGUUCCCGAUGCGGUGCAUCACAACGAUUGAUGAGUGGUCCGGAGGACUAUUUUCAAAGAUGGACAUCAAGGACCGGGUGCUGAAGGUGGUGUCGGAGCAGGCUGUGGAGAUGAAGGAGAAGAAUAUCAUAGCACCCUUUGUCUUCAGGAAGGAUUCAGCGGAACACCGAUUCUCCCUGAACUACGCCACCCUGGAUGACUGCCUGCCGCUGUUCUGUCAGCUCCAGAGAGCUUCCACCCUCCCGCCAGCCGACCAGUCUCACAUGAUAAAUGCCAUUGUUUUGUCGAGGCAGUCAAGGGUGAAGUUCAACACCAGCUGGUUGGAGGACCUGUAUGAGAAGAUCGUGCUAGAGACGCAGGGAGACAGGAACACUCCCCUGGCCAAGAACCCCGGCAGGAUCAUGCUGACCUCCUCCAGACUCUACUUCCAGCCAUUCAACAACAUUGACAGGUGGCCAGUUUUGAAAAUCAGACUCAAAGAAAUCAAGAGGCUUAUAAGACGUAGAUACCUGCUCCGACAGCUGGGUUUGGAGAUCUACUGUAGUGACAAUGCACCAGUUACACAUCUGUAUCUAUCCUUCAAGACAGAGGAGAUACGCAACCAGCUGUAUGAUCACAUCCUACAACAGCAGGACCUGCAUCUUGACGAGGUGGGACAAGAGGACAUGACGCUCCGGUGGCAGAGUGGCUACAUCUCCAACUAUGAUUACCUCCUCUAUCUCAACAGUUUGGCGGACCGCAGUUUCAAUGACUUGACGCAAUAUCCAGUAAUGCCAUGGGUCAUAUCCGACUACACCAGCGAUCAUUUAGACUUGCAAGAUGAGAAAGUUUACCGCGAUCUGAAGAAGCCGAUCGGAGCCUUGAACCAGGAGAGGCUGGACAGGAUCAAGGAACGGUUCAUUGACAUGCCGGAGCCGCGGUUCAUGUACGGCUCCCACUACUCCACUCCAGGAUAUGUGCUGUUCUUCCUUGCCAGAAUAUGUCCGGAGUAUGUGCUCUGUCUACAGAAUGGGAAGUUUGACCAUGCAGACAGAAUGUUCAACCUCCUCCAAGACACCUGGAACAACUGCCUUCAGGGAGCUGCUGACUUCAAGGAGCUGAUACCUGAGUUCUAUAACGGCUCCACAGACUUCUUUGUUCAUAAAGGGAUCAUUAACUUUGGCAUCAAACAAGACGGUCGCCCUGUCGCCGAUGUAGAGCUGCCUCCCUGGGCAUCAUGUCCAGCAGAUUUUGUCCGUAAGCUACAGGAUGCUCUUGAGUCGGAGUACGUGUCCUCCAACAUCCAUCACUGGAUCGACCUCAUCUUCGGCUUCCAGCAGCGUGGCGAGGAGGCAGAGAAGGCAGACAACUUGUUCUUCUACCUGACAUAUGAGGGAGCGAUCGACUUGGACAGUAUCGAGGACCCUAAUGAGAGGGCAGGCCUGGAGACACAAAUCAUGGAAUUUGGCCAGGUCCCCAAACAGUUGUUCACCACCCCACAUCCCAGGCGCUUGUGUACCACACCGGUGCCCCGCCCGGUCCCCACACUGGAGGCACAUGUGGCAGCGAGGGCAGACUCUGACACUAACAAAGACAAACGUUCAUUAGAGUCCUCCAUGGAGAAAAGCCUGGAGGUGGCUGAACCAGUCAUCAAAACUGUCGACUUCAGCAAAAUCAAAACACAUCUCAAGUACACCCUGCAUAAGGAUGCUGUUACUGAUGCAAAGCUCUCAGUUGAUGGGAAGAAUGUUUUCUCAGUCUCACAAGACAGCCUACUGAAGAUGUACUCACUGGAGGAACAGCGUCAACUCCGCAGUGUCAACUUGUCCAGCAUGGCCCUGUCUUCCUGUUUAGCCAUGCCAGACAACAAGACCAUCAUUGUGGGCUCCUGGGACAAUAAUGUCUACUUCUACAGCAUCGAGUACGGCCGGGUGUUGGACACACUUCAUGGCCAUGAUGAUGCAGUGUCUUCUAUAGCUUGGAGGUCUGGCACCCUGUACACAGCCUCGUGGGACUCUUCGGUGAAGAUCUGGAAGCUGCCACAACCAGAACAAGGCCAGGCUCUCUCAUCGGCCAAAUAUCUGGGCCAGCUGGACCAUGACGAGGGGGUGACGUGUCUGGACCUGGAUGCCGAGAGUCGCCUGCUGGUGACGGGCACCAAGGAUGGCCAUCUGUGUGUGUGGGACCUCUACACUCAGUACAUCAGCAACCAACUAGCAGUGCAUCAUGGGAGAAUCAAUGCUGUCCUCAUCAGUCCAGAUGUGAGACGGAUCCUGUCCUGUGGGGAAGACAACUACAUCAAAGUGCUGGACACAGGAACUGGCACCGAGAUCUUCACCAAGGAUGUCCAAGAUGAAAUACUAUGUCUCCAGUGGGCUGGGGGCCUGGUGAUGUCGGGGAACAGUGCAGGCUUCGUGCAGGUCUGGGACAUGGACAAGGGACAGUUACUUCACCAGUCAAAGGCUCAUCAAGAUGCUGUGACCAGUAUUGAUGUUGCUGAGGAUGGGAGGCUGUUGUCAGGAGGAUAUGACAAGACUGUCAUAGUGUGGCAGUGUGGAUAACUAGUCCCACAGUGGCUAGACGGAUCACCAACAACUGCUGAAGUGCUGGGAUCGUAGGUGAUCAAAACAGCUCUCUGGGGAUCCUCUGAAGGCCAAUAUGUGGAUCUUCUUCCACAGUGGUUUGAGAAAUAUCAGGUCCAAAAUUCGCAUAUGGUUUUUAGUCUUUGAUCUACAUCCUUAAUUAUCCAGGAUAUUAUAUUUCCAUUCCACUUUGAUAAAUUCUCUGGAUCCAUUGGCUAUGAUAGCUUUGUUAAGAGCUUGAUUUAGAGAGCAUGAUGCUAAAAAAGCCCUCCAGUCAAAUUAGUCUGUGAUAAGUUAGAGAGAGGAAGGAUGGAUGUAAAGAUGGCACGUCCAUGACAAAGCUAUAUUUGAGAAUGGGUCCAAGGUAUUUAUUAUGAUUUUAUUGAAAUAUGAUAAUCGAGGAUGUAGACAUCAAGGUUUCUCAAAUACUGCUAAUACCCUUUGUUAUCCUGUUGAAUUUUUGCCAUCAUCACAACAUUCCGAUACGCGUGUGAUACAGCAUUAACAUAUCCCACUGGUGCUCUUUUUGCUUGUACAAAAAUUGUAUAUGAUGACCAUUGGAUGAUAUUUUUAAUAUGUUUAUGUGUCAUAUAUGUGAGGGGCCGGAUCAAAGGUUAACCAUAUCAUUUCCAAAUGUACAUUGUACCGGUCAGUUUAAUGCUGAUGGUUAUAUCUCAAUUUGUUUGUAAAAAGAUAUAAAUUGCUUUUAUUUUGUGUUACUAUUGUAUUAUAUUGGUUAUUGGAAUAUGAGUAUAUGUGAGGGGCUGUGUCAAAAGUUUCCAUGUCUUUUUAGAAUGUAAGUGUCACUUUGGUGUUGAUGUGUAUAUGGCAGUUUCGUUUGUACACAGAUAAUAAAUGAUUAUUCUUCGUUCAAUCUCAUUAAAAUCAGAUCUUAGUUCUCGUUAUCGCUGAACAAAGAUCUGAGGACAUCCCAUUACAGGUCACGUCAGAACGACCUUUCAUCCAACCAAUCGGAGCCUCGCUUACCAGAUCA